CAGCGCAUACACACGACCUCUUGAACACGCGAAUCUUGCACACUCUGGUUGGUUUUGGGGGUUUCUCUUUUCUUCCUCUUGUUUUGAGUCGCGGUGGUCGUUCCCUUUUGGUGGGGCUUUUCUCCAUCAUGAGCGGAUCCUUCGAUAAGAAGAUCACGAGCAUCUUGACGGACAUCUCGAGCUCCCUCAGCUGCCAUGCGGCCACCAAGGACUCCCCCACCUUGCCCGAGUCGUCCAUCACCGACCUGGGUUACUACAGCGCCCCGCAUAACCAGCACGAGUAUUAUCCCAGCCAGUCUUACGCCUCGCAGCCGAUGAAUCAUUAUGCCUACCACCCCCAGUUUAAUCUCAAUGGCAUCGGGACCCCUGGGACGUACUCCCCUAAAUCUGAUUACCCCUACAGCUCCUCAUACAGGCAGUAUGGAUCUUUCCGCGACCAGCAGCUGCCUAGUCAAGAAACAGUUUCUGUGAAAGAAGAACCUGAACCAGAAGUGCGGAUGGUCAAUGGAAAACCCAAAAAAAUCAGAAAGCCGCGCACGAUUUAUUCCAGCUACCAGCUGGCUGCCUUGCAAAGGAGAUUUCAAAAGGCGCAAUACCUGGCACUGCCAGAGAGGGCAGAGUUGGCUGCACAGCUGGGACUGACCCAGACUCAGGUAAAAAUCUGGUUCCAGAAUCGAAGGUCCAAGUUCAAGAAGCUGUACAAAAAUGGAGAAGUCCCAUUAGAACACAGCCCAAAUAACAGUGACUCCAUGGCCUGCAAUUCUCCACCCUCUCCUACCCUCUGGGACAAUAACACCCACAACAACCCAGCGAACAGGAGCCAGUUACCCCAGCCACUCUCCUAUAACUCCCCACCAAACUACUUGGAAGACCACAAUUCUUGGUACCAUCAUCAGAGCCUGAGCGGGCCUCACAUACAACCGCAAGGACCUCCACCUACGUCGGGCUCUAUGCAUCACCCAUCUCCCGGGCCGCCUCCUCCUCCCAAUCCUGGAGCAGUCUAUUAAAACCUCUUUUGCCUUCUUAGUGAAACUGGUAGAGCAAGGCAAAAAGAGAGAAAAAGAAUGAGAGAUUGAGAGAGAGAAGGCGGGAGGGAGACAGAAAGAGACAGCGACACGUCAAUACUCUUUGAUGUGUUUCGUAUGACAUGUACCCAUUCCAUCCUGUCUCAGGAAUAAACUGAACUGCAACAGGGUCAAAACACUUGAGAGAUCAUUGAACAGCAAGAGGAGGAGGAAAGGGAAAGGUGGACGGAACGAGGGGAGGUGCGUGGUCCAUGCUGUAUGUCAACCAGAUAGGUUUUACCUAGAAACUACCUUACCAACCAACCUCUGCUUCCUGCUUGGGCUGCCUAUGGGCAGUUUCGCCUCUCCAUCAACACUAUUAGGUUCGUUUAGAAGACAAGUAUUUGGGAGCCUCUUUGCUGGACUGGAAAAGAGCCAGAAUGCACACAGCACAACUUUGGGUUUCCAGGAAGACACACUAGAACUGGUUUUCUUGAUCCUUCUGUUUUUGCUUUGUUUAUUUUGUUUUGUUUUUAUUCAUGUCCCCGGAUAAAGCUGUUUCAAGAAGGAUCUUCUUGGAGGGUUGAGUGAUGUCUGGCAGGGCUUCAAACACCGAUCAGUGUUAUCCAUGGCAGGAAGAUGAUUUCUGUCAUUAGUCUUCUUUACAGCUUAGGAAUGGGGAGCAGCUGGUGAAAUCCAUCUUUCUCUUAUUCUUCCAUGGAAAUAAUAAUCCCCUUAAAACAACAAAGAGUGGCAGGUAUCAGCAACUUUUACCAUCUCUCAGUCCAUGUAUCUAUGUUUUGUAAUAUGUUUAGGAUUAAAUUCAGGUUUGUUUGUUUUUUAAAAAAAGAAAUGUAGAAGUUAUGCAGAACCGGACAGUAUAUAGUGUUAACAUAGUGCUAUUGUAGAUCCUGUGGUCAAGGAGGAUGCAAAAGAGGCCAGAGUACCAUGGAAAAAGUCAGUUCUGAUGCUGGUGGUGACUAUUUCAGGUUUACAUUACGUAGAAGUCCUCUGAACAGUGUAUACAUCGCUACAAUUAGAAAAGUCAGUAGGAAGCCUUGGGGCCAGUUUUUCAACUGGUAAUAAUCUGAAGAUCAAAUGAAAGAAAAUAGAAGUUCUGUCCCUGGUUGGAUCAGUCCUGGUUUAAUUGGAAGGAAAGAUUUGGGAGCCAUAUACUCAGGUAGUAUAAACUGUUGGGCAAAGGAAAGAGAUCUGCUAGCAAGAGGGUAAAGAAUGAAAAAAAAUAUGAUCCCUUUUACAUUACUGGCAAUCCACCAGCUCUUUUCUGAGAAUAUUCUAUUUACACAGGACUGGGGGGUUUAAAGAUUUGGUUCCUUGGUUUACACCAGCCUUUUUUUGGGGGGGGGGUGAGUGGAGGUUUUAUCUAGAGGAGAAAGAAAAGGGAGAAGAUUUGUCGAAAUUAUAAUGGGUUGUUCCAAGUUUUCAUCAAGUAAAAUCUUGCAAAUCCUAUACCCAAUUCCUUAUGAGUAAGCUCCCUUGAACUCACUGGGAUUUACUUUGGAAUAGGCAUGUGUAGGAUUGACCUGCAAGAGAUCAGAUUUUUUUUAACCCUAAAACACCAAAAACAAACAAAAAAUGCAGGAUAGAACUGGAAGAAAAAAAUAUCUGAAGCCUUCACUACUAAAAUCUGUGUUUUAUUCCCACUGAGUUAAUAAAUGCUGCAGGUUGGUAGCAGAACCAGAGUUUGGAAGAGCUCAAGUUCUGGACUACAAUUCACAGAAUCCCAUAUCAUCCUGGGAGUUGUAGUCCAAAUAUUAACUUCCCUAAGUUCAGAGGAUCGCAAUAGCCAGGCUGCAUCAGAUACCAGUGUACAUGACUCAAGAAUUUGAUCUUCAUUUAAGGUUUCUAAAGGUUUGGAUGGGGUAAGAAAUGUUUAUUUAAAAAUUUGGGGAAAUAUUUAAAAUACUUCGGGAAUAAUUUAAGUUAUUUUUUUUAAGAUAGAAAAAAUUGUGUUUCACUCUAGUUUUGUCAUUUUAAGCUAUUGUCAAAGAGGAAAGCUUAAUUUUUAAAGAACCAAAAAGCAAAAACAAAUCCAUCGUGAAUAUUUUUGUAAUAAAUGAAACUCUGUGUGAAAUUUUUUUUAAAAAAAGAGCACAAUUUUAAUAAGCCUUCUCUUUUGUUGUACAGUGUCAAGGUUGCUAUUUAUGUUGCCUUGUAUAGUAAAUAACGAGUGAAAGGUGAGGGGAAUGUACAUAAGGCUGAUUUGUAUAAAGCUUAUUUCAAAAUUUUAAAAAAGAUUUAGUUUUGUUUUUCCUUUUUUAAUAUCUUGGCUUGCGGGGGAAAUGGAACGUUUCAUUCAGCUGGGGGCUUCACUGGAGAUCCC